AUGCUAAAGCUUAAAGGAGAAUUUCGAACUGCCAAGGGACUGAAAGAUGAGGCUGGGGAGAGAGACAGAGAAGUCAACAACCUGAAUAACAAGCUCUUGAGCCUGCAGCUCGACAUCAAGAAUCUCCACGAUGUCUGCAAGAGACAGGGGAAGACCUUGCAAGAGAACCAGCUCUGUGUGGAGGAAGCCAUGCUGAAAAGCAACCACAACAAGAAGCAAGCCCAGACAUUAGUAUUCACAGAAAACCAGGUGCAAUUCAAGUCCAAUAAGCAGUAUCACCUCAGACAACUCCAGCAACUGAAGAAGAAGCUGCUGAACCUGCAGCAGGAGCUGGAGAUCCGCACCCAGGAGCUGCAGGCUUCCUACCGCUCCCUCCUGCAGUACCAGUCCAUCCUGGAGAAGCAGACUUCCGACCUUCUUGUUCUUCACCAUCACUGCAAACUCAAGGAAGAUGAGGUCAUUCUCUACGAGGAGGAGAUGGGAAGUCACAGUAAGAACACCGGGGAGAAGCUCCAUCUGGCCCAAGAGCAGCUUGCAUUGGCAGGGGACAAGAUCGUCUCCCUAGAAAGGAGCCUAAACCUCUACAGGGACAAGUACCAGACUUCCCUGAGCAACAUCGAGCUGCUAGAGUGCCAAGUGAAGAUGCUGGAGGAGGAACUUAGCGGACUCAUUUGUCAGGACUCUGAGAACAAAGGUGACCACUCGAAGGUUCGCAUCUACACUUCUCCGUGCAUGAUUCAAGAACAUCAGGAGACCCUGAAGCGACUGUCUGAAGUUUGGCAAAAGGUUUCUGAACAGGACGACCUAAUCCAGGAGCUUCGGAACAAACUGGCCUGCAGUAAUUCUUUGGUUCUGGAACGUGAGGAGGCUUUGAUAAAAUUACGAGCAGACUUUGCUUCCUACACGGCCACCCACAGGCAUCCCCCUACCUCCUCAGAAGACUGUGAAGACAUCACAAAGAUCCUAAAGUACCUGCAAGAACAGAAAGACAGCCAGUGCCUGCAUGUGGAGGAGUACCAGAACCUCGUGAAGGACCUGCGCUCGGAGCUGGAAGCCGUGUCAGAGCAGAAGAAAAAGAUCAUGAAGGACAUGAUGAAGCUGGAGCUAGACCUCCACGGGCUACGGGAAGAGACGUCAUGUGUCAUCGAGAAGAAGGACAAGGAGACGGUCUUCCUGCAGUACCGGCUGCAAGAUCUGCAGCAACAGUACACAGAGUCACAGAAGCUGUCCCUAAAGAAGGACAAGUUGCUCCAAGACAAGGACGAGAGGCUGAAUGAGCUGGAGAAGAAACUGACACAGGUACAGUGUCUCUUUCUGGAGAAAGAAUCGGAGCUGGAGAAGCUGCAGUCGAUGACAAAAGAGCUGGAUGCAAACCUCCAGGAAGUGAGGCAGAGCACAUCCAAAAUAGACAAUGAGGGCCUUCGGUCUGAGAUCCAGAAGCUGAAGGAGAGUCUUGAAGAGGCCAGGGAGCAGCUGAGAGUGUCAGAUCAGAGUCUAAGCCAGUGUAAGGAGGAGGCGCACGUAUCUGCAAAUAACCUAGAGGACGCUCAUCGGAAGCUCGAGAACUGCCUUCUUCAGGAAAAGCGGAAGGAUGACGUCAUUAAGGAUCUGCAGAGCCAGCUGCAGAAGCUACAGAAGGAGUUUUCGGAAACUGAAGAGGAACGAAAAAACAACAGACAACAGUUACUGGACCUGAGCUCAGAACUCAAUGAAGGCCAGAGACGGCUUUCGAGUGCAGAGAAGGAAAAGUCGAUGCUUCAGAAGACACUGGAUGAAGAUGAGAAGAAAAUCGACGAGCUGCUUCAUGGCGCCAAGGUUUCUGAGCAAAAGCAAAGGGAGCUAACGAACUCCCUAAGCAAGGUACAAGACGAACUUGCAGAAACAAAAAGGCUCUUGGAGGAGAAGCGAGAGCAACUGAGGAAGAGCAAAGAUCAGGAAAAGGCACUGGAGGCAGAGAUUGAGGCCUUGCGAGAGGAAGCGAAAAAGAAAGAGAAGAUGGCGAAAGAGCAGUUGAGGAAACUGGAAGAGGAGAAGGAUAACCUCCAGGGGGAAUUGAGCUCCUGCUCUACACAACUGGACUCCUCUAUCAACAAAUACAAUAACUCUCAGAAAGUCAUCCAAGAGCUCAACGCGGAGAUAGCCCGCCAGAAAGACUCCAUCAUGAUUCUGCAGACACAGCUGGAUUCGGCCAUACAGAAAGAGAAGAACUGCCUCCAGAACAUGGUCAGUAAAGAAACUUACGAGGAACUUCUGCGGAAGUCAGGCAUGUGCCAAGACGACCUGACACAGGCCCUGGAGAAGCUCACACAGACAACCUCCGAGACAAAGAGCCUGCAGCGCAACUUGCAACAGACCCAAGAGAGGAAAGCUCAGCUGGAAGAUGAAAUCAUGGCUUAUGAGGAAAGGAUGAAAAAGCUCAAUAUGGAAUUAAAAAAACUGCAGGGCUUCCAACAGCAGAGUGAGCUAGAGGUGCACAACUUUGACAAGAAACUGGAGGAGAUGGGCAACCAGGUGUUGCAGUGGCAGAGGCAGCACCAGAGUGACCUUAAGAUGCUGGCAGCUAAAGAGACACAGCUCCGGGAAUUCCAAGAGGAAAUGACUGCCCUGAAAGAGAACCUCCUUGCAGAUGAGAAGGAGCCGAGCCUUAUGCCUUCAAAGCCAGCACCCAAAGAGAACUAUAGGCACCACCGGGAGAAUGACCAGAUUAUGAGCAACGUGGAACAGUGGGCAAAGGAGCAGAAGCUUGCCAAUGAGAAACUUGGAAACAAGCUGCGAGAACAGGUUAAAUACAUUGCCAAGCUGACUGGUGAAAAGGACCACCUCCACAAUGUGAUGGUCCAUCUGCAGCAGGAGAACAAGAAGCUGAAGAACGAGAUUGAAGAGAAGAAGCUAAAGGCUGGGAACCCGAGGAUCUGUGCCAAGGUCCUAGGCCCGUGCAAACUGGAGCCGUCCCAGAAGGGAAAGCCGUACGGUGCACUGGGCUGGAGAGGAAUAUGCCAGGACCCAGUGCCGAAAAUGGACCUCACCAAGUACACCGGGGUGCCUCACUGCUCAGGAUCCUCCUAUUGCUAGACUUGGCUCUUCACCCUAAGCGUCUCUUCUACACGUAUACAGAGGACCGUGAGUUCCCGCCCCUCUUUCUUGACCAGAAUCAGCUCCUACAGUCGUCCGUCAAGGCCCCUGCCUCAUUUGCACGAUGUUCAUGCAUUAUUGUUUUGCCUACUUCCUGAAGUGGAGUUGUGGUACCCUACUCCCCCAAGACUCUGGGCCCAGACUCUGAAAAUAAAGAUACAAACAACACAGCCUCCA